AUGCCUUCUGCCCCCAAGAAGCUUACGCCCGAAAAGGAGAGAUUUAUCCAGUGCUGUGGUGACAUCUCGCUCGAGUUGGUUGCGUCGUUGAAAAAUUCCAAAGACAUCAAUUUGAAUGGGCUCAUUACUAGAUAUGCUAAGAAGUACAAGUUGAAGAACCAGCCUCGGUUAACUGACAUUAUCUCGUCUAUUCCGGAUCAACACAAGAAGUACUUAAUUCCAAAGCUUAAGGCCAAACCCGUGAGAACUGCCUCAGGAAUCGCUGUAGUGGCUGUCAUGUGUAAGCCCCACAGAUGUCCUCACAUUGCUUACACUGGAAACAUCUGCGUUUACUGUCCGGGAGGCCCCGACUCAGACUUCGAGUACUCUACCCAGUCGUAUACUGGAUACGAGCCGACAUCCAUGCGUGCUAUACGAGCCCGUUAUGACCCUUACGAACAAGCAAGAGGAAGAGUCGAGCAACUACGUCUGUUGGGCCAUCUGAUUGAUAAGGUGGAAUAUAUCAUCAUGGGAGGAACGUUCAUGUCGUUGCCAAUCGACUACAGAGAGGGCUUCAUCACCCAGUUGCAUAAUGCGUUAUCUGGCUAUAACGGCAAGGACAUUGACGAGGCCAUUCGCUACUCACAGCAAUCGCAAACAAAAUGUGUGGGAAUCACUAUCGAAACAAGGCCCGAUUACUGUACGGAGACCCAUCUUAGUGAUAUGUUAAAGUAUGGAUGCACGCGACUUGAAGUGGGUGUUCAGUCCGUUUAUGAGGACGUGGCUAGAGAUACCAACAGAGGUCAUACGGUCAAGGCAGUCUGUGAAACAUUUGCCGUGGCCAAAGAUGCUGGUUACAAGGUGGUGAGUCACAUGAUGCCCGAUUUGCCCAACGUGGGGAUGGAGAGAGACCUCCAGCAGUUCAUUGAAUACUUUGAGAACCCUGCCUUCCGUACGGAUGGACUCAAGAUCUAUCCAACUUUGGUUAUUAGAGGAACGGGUCUCUAUGAGUUGUGGAAGAAGGGAUUGUACAAGUCGUAUAAUGCAAAUGCAUUGAUUGACUUGGUGGCCAGAAUCAUGGCGCUUGUGCCUCCAUGGACUCGUAUCUACAGAGUGCAGAGAGAUAUUCCUAUGCCAUUGGUGACAUCAGGAGUGGAAAAUGGUAACUUGCGUGAAUUGGCGUUGGCCAGAAUGAAAGACUUUGGAACAACCUGUCGUGAUGUAAGAACGAGAGAAGUGGGAAUCCAAGAGGUGCACCAUAAGGUUUCGCCCGAUCAAGUGGAGUUGAUUAGAAGAGACUACUAUGCCAAUGGAGGAUGGGAAACGUUUUUAUCAUACGAGGAUCCCAAGCAGGAUAUCUUGAUCGGCUUACUCCGUUUGAGAAAGGCGCUGAAGAAAUACACCUACAGAAAAGAAUUUACUUCUCAGCCCACGUCAAUUGUUCGUGAAUUGCACGUUUAUGGUUCGGUGGUACCGCUCCACUCCAGAGACCCCAGAAAAUUCCAGCAUCAAGGUUUCGGAACUUUGCUCAUGGAGGAGGCAGCUAGAAUUGCAAAGGAAGAGCAUGGAUCCAAGAAGAUCAGUGUGAUUUCGGGAGUUGGAGUGAGAAACUACUACGCCAAGUUGGGUUACGAGUUGGAUGGUCCAUUUAUGUCCAAGACACUUUAG